CAAGCUUCCGAGAUUCCUCUCGCGAAGCCCAGGCCGGAGAAGAGAGAGAAGAGAUGAUCGGAUGAGCAAAAGGCGAGCCGUCGUCGAGCACCUUCGGGAAACACUCCGUUCUUCCCGGUUCCGUUUCCGUUUCCUCACGCGCCGCGGCGACCGGCCGGCGACGGCGACAGCGAGCCUCUCCCGCCGCAGAAUCACCGCAGCAGCGGCAGAAGCGCCCUCUUCCUCCUGCGGCAGCAGCUCCACGGCCUCUCCGCCAUGGAGGUAGUCCGCUCCAUCUUCUCCUGUUGGUUCUCCUCCUCAUCGCGCCGCUCCAACCGACUAUGGUCGAGCGGAGCUAGCGACAAGAACAAGGCCAUGGUUGAGCAACUGCAGAGGUAUGGGGUAAUCAAGUCGACCAAAGUCGCGGAGGUGAUGGAGACCAUCGACAGGGGCCUGUUUGUGCCUCCCGGUGGCUCUCCCUAUUUUGACAGCCCAAUGUCGAUUGGGUACAAUGCAACCAUAUCCGCACCUCACAUGCAUGCUGCUUGUUUGGAGCUCUUAGAGGAUCAUCUUCAGCCUGGAAUGCGGGUUCUGGAUGUUGGAUCAGGUACCGGUUACCUAACAGCUUGCUUUGCGCUCAUGGUUGGACCAGAAGGACGAGCAGUUGGUGUUGAACAUAUUCCAGAGUUGGUUGCUUCUUCUACUGAAAACAUCAAGAAAAGUGCAGCAGCUCCACAGCUGGAUGAUGGAUCCCUCAGUAUUCAUAUUGCUGAUGGCAGGGAAGGCUGGCCAGAGCUCGCGCCCUACGACUCCAUCCACGUCGGAGCUGCAGCGCCGCAGAUCCCGGAGGCGUUGAUCGAGCAGCUGAAGCCUGGUGGCAGAAUGGUGAUCCCUGUCGGGACUGUCUUCCAGGAGCUGAAGGUGGUGGACAAGAAGCCAGACGGCUCAGUCAGUGUGAGAGACGAGACGUCCGUGCGCUAUGUGCCCCUCACCAGCAAGGAUGCCCAGCUGCACUCAGACUGAUUGGCACAUCCUGCCAACCGAAUGCCAUCUUCAGUGUGUGAACCCAAAACCUCCUUAUCAAGGCGUUUAUCAUCAUUGUACAUAAAGUGAUCCUUCUAUCUUGGGUAAAACGCUGAGGUCUGUAUAAUGUCAAUGUAGGAUUCUGGGCAUUGCAUGAAGUAUGGAAGGCUGUUCUUGUGUUUUAUGA